AUGGCAAAGCGUGUCCACGUUUUGAGGUUUGUGGUUCGCUUCGUGAGCGGAGCUACCAGCCAGAUGGAGCAAGCCGUCCAGCACUUCGGGUUACGCAGGAAUAGAAGUUGGGCCUUCUCCCGGCAAGACUCUGUGGAGAAGCUGGAAAGGAUAGCCAGGUCCCCGAAGUCACCCUUUUGCUCAGCCUCCGGGCAUUGGAAGGCCUCGAGCGAUCCAUGUGCUUCAAGCUGUUCAAGCCGGUGGGAUGGCACCGAUACUCCGGAGGCUCCCUUGGAGGUGCCGAUCACGGAGAGCCGGCUUCCUCGUGUCCGUCGGGUGGCAGCUGCUGGGGGCGGAGCUUGUAAGUUUGCGCCGCUCUUCCGCAACUCCCUGCACGUCGAGAUAGAGCCGGUGAAGGAGCUUUCAGCUGUUGUUGACGGCCUUCUGGUACUUGCAGACAUUGGUGAUACAGCCAGACUGGACACUGAAGAAGAGAGUUGCCGCACUGAUCUCUUCACGAUUGAUGAGUGUGGCAGGUUGCUUCCAUUGCCAUGGCCGAAACAACUCUUCCCGCUGAUUUUGGUGAACAUGGGAUCAGGAGUUUCCAUCCUGAAAGUGGACUCUGCCAGAAGUAAUGACUACACGCGAGUUGGCGGAACAGCAUGUGGUGGAGCUACUUUCCUCGGUUUAGCCAGGGCAUUAACAUCUGCAAGGACCUUCGAGGAGGCCCUCCUGCUUGCUGAACAUGGUGAUGCAUCAAAGGCCGAUAAGCUUGUCCGUGACAUCUACGGUGACGACGGCUCGGCCUCACUGGGACUAGCCGGUGGCCUGACAGCCUCGAACUUUGGUAAGCUGAGCGAGUCCAGCGGCCUGUGUGAGUGCUCAGAGUAUGACUUGGCAAGGUCACUACUGCAGAUGGUGACGCAGCAGUCGGUAUUGUUGGCAACUGCGUAUGCGAAACACGCAGACUGUCUUGACCGAGUCUUCUUUGUUGGCGGAUUCAUUGAUGAGCCGAAUCGGCUCGCACGAGCUGCUAUCGCGCAGAAUUUCCGCUCUCUGGGUGGCUGCGCAUAUUUCUUGAGGCAUUCCGACUUUCUUGGGGCACUGGGCAGCCUGCACCAUGCCUUCCAGGACCUGGAAGAGCAUGUUGAAGGGCAGUAG